AUGUCCAAGGCCCCCUACCGCGCGGCGAGCCACCGGUCCGAAGCGAACGUGGACUUUGCGCCGCCGGCGUGGUGGCGCCCGCACUCGGCCAACACUCAUUUGUUGACGGAGACGAGGCAGACGGUGCAACGAUACGGCGCGGCGCCCUUCAUGACCUGGCUCGACGAUAAGGGGAAGGAAGAACGAACUCUAUCCUUCGACGAGUUGUGGGAGCGGUCAAGACGCCUCGCGCGGAAGAUGAGGGACGACUGGGGCGUCGAGACCGGCGACCGCGUCUUGUUAUGCUAUCUGCCGGGACUAGCGUUCGUCGAGGCCUUUUGGGCUUGUUUGCGGUUGCGAUGUGUGGCCGUUCCUACCUAUCCACCAGACCCCUCGAAAUUACAAAUAGGGCUGAAAAAAUUGGAUCUCGUGAAGAAGUCCUGCGGCGCAUCUCUUUGUUUAACAGAAAAAGCAUUGGACUCCAUGCGGCGCGCACUAUCCUUGACUCAUAGAUGGCCCGCGGGGUUAGUCUGGAAGAGUACGGACCGAGAGCUGAAAGUCAACAAAGGUGAAAAUGACGCCCCGUUGGACGACGACAGCGUCGCCUUCCUCCAGUACACGUCGGGCAGCACGGGGGACCCCAAGGGCGUCAUGCUCACGUUCGCGAAUGUAGAGAGCGGCGUCCGACACGAUGCUUCACGUCGAUGGCGCCGGCGCUCGUCGUCGAGAGCACGACGCGAGUCGCGCGCACGCAACGAGACGCCGCGAUGGCGCGGAGGGAGGAUGAGAACGCCAUCGCCGCGACGCGCGGGCGCGGUCGCACCACGCCUGAGAUUCACACAUACACAACCACACACGCAAAAACACAGGUCUGGCACAACCUCAACGAGAUGUACCUGCCGGCCCAGGCCCAGCAUUUCGAGAGUCGAGGAGUGGACUUGAGCCGAGAGCGGAUCGUCGGCGUGAGCUGGCUCCCGCAGUUCCACGACACGGGGUUGAUACUGUGCAUCGUCGGACCGUUCGUGGCGGGUUAUAGGAUGGUCAACUUCUCGCCCUUGACCUUUCUGAAGAAGCCGUUGUUGUGGUUAGAAGCACUCACAAGGUAUGGGGCUCGAUGGAGCGCCGCCCCGGACUUUGCCUACGAGUUAUGCGUGCGAAGACUAGCUGAAAGUAGUGAAGUCAACAUCGACCUCGGUAGAGUCGUGCAACUCGCGUGCGGCGCCGGUGAAAGAUGUAGACCUCAUCAGCUUGAACGCUUUGUCGAAGCCUUUACGAGUAGAGGUUUACGGAGUGACGUCUGGGUGCCGAACUACGGGUUAGCGGAACACGUCGUGGGGACGUGUGGGUGUGCUAGAGGUGUUAUUCUCUCUCAACAAAGACCGGACCUCGCGUGCUGCGGAGAAAACUUUCAGUGCGACUUGCGAAUUGUGGAUCCCAUUUCCCGAAAAGAUUCAUCACGGGGCGAGAUCUGGAUCUCGUCGCGAAGCGUGGCGGCGGGCUACUGGGGCAAGCCCGACUUAUCGCGCGAGACAUUUCAUGCCAGGAGAGUACUGGACGACGGCUCCGAGAGUAAGUCGAGAUACUUGCGGACGGGCGACGAGGGCUUCCUGGAGGAAGGGAAACUCUACAUCACUGGUAGGUUGAAAGAUCUCAUUAUUGUUGGAGGCAAGAACUACUAUCCUGAAGAUAUUGAGGUGGCCGCGCAAGAAGCGGAUAGAGUCGCCAUCCGGCCGGGCUGCGUGGCCGCCUUUGCUUCCAGUACAAAAGACGAGGAGCAAGUGGUCUGUGUGUUCGAGGUCAGGAAGAAGGCUACUGACCAGUUGGAUUUUGCUGCUCUGUCCGACAAGGUGGUCCGGACGGUCGGCAUAUCGUCAGGACUGCAGCCCCACCGCGUCAUCAUCAUUCCGGAGCGAAGUAUACCGAAGACGACGUCCGGCAAGGUGCAGCGACGGCAGACGCGUAGAUUAGUUGAUGAAAAAAAACUACGCGUGCUCUACGACUCGGCAGGCUUGAUCGCUGUCGAAGGGUCUCUGUUAACAAAUGCAUUGAGUGCCCUGAAGCAGGCCUUCCCCUGGUCGCUCGGUUCUCAGACACCUGUAGAAGAGGAGGAAACAAUGUCAAGGUGCAACUCGACGGCGUCACUCGUAGCCUUGGAGGACGAACCGCGGCCGCGUUCGUUCAGUGAGCGAGACGACGUCUCUGAAAUAGAACAGACAUUACUAAGUGAACUGCGCAAGGUGGCCAAGGGUACGGUUACCGCCACCACGGCCUUCCACGAACUUGGAUUAUCAUCAAGGCAGAUGGUCGAGCUGCUCAGGCAGGUGGAAGUAGCGUUGGAUGUGGAUCUGCCCCCGACGGUAGUCUUUUCGUGCCCGACCGUGCGCGCGCUCGCGCACGAGGUCGUCGGGUUGAGAGGUGGCUCUACGAUCAUGGCGCCUCCUGUUGUCCAAGAGAGUGACGGCGACGACGUCGGUGUGGUGGGCUGGUCCUUGCGGUUGCCGGGCGCCUGCGAUGCGCUGGAAGAACUUGAUUCGAUUUUAAACAACAAAGUGCGGUGCGGCACUACCAUACCUUGUAGUAGGUGGGACUGGCGCGUCACUGAUGCUCAAUUAUCCGCGAGUGGUGCCGAUAAUGACGCACGUUCACGAGCGAGGUACGGCGCUUUUUGUCUAGGGAGUGACGGCUUCGACCCGAAAACGUGGGGCUUGAGGCCUGCCGAAGCUACUGCGUUAGACCCGCAGCAGAAGCUCCUCUUGAGGCAGGGCCACGAGUUGCUGCGGAACCGCUACGCUACACGAGAAGAAUUGAGAGGUUCACAAGUAGGCGUCAUGUUGGGUAUGAUGAGCGCCGAUAACGUGUAUGGGAUCGAACCGUGCCACGCGGGGCCGCACCAGCUCACGGGUAAUGGGUAUGCGUCCUGUGCUUCUAGAUUAUCGUUUCUGUUGGAUCUGCGGGGUCCCGCAUUAGUCGUCGAUACCGCAUGUAGCGGCGCGUUAGUUGCCGCGCGCUUAGGUCAUGAUGCUGUGCGACGGAACGACUGCUCUACAUGUGUGGUAGGAGGUGUCUCACUGAUGUUAGCGCCAGGCUUGGUCCACUGCGGCGCCGCGCGGGCGGGCAUGCUGUCUCCUUCAGGUAGAUGUCACACGUUCGAUAGGAAUGCGGACGGCUAUUUGCGGGGCGAGGGCUGCGCGUUAUUACUCCUCGAGAAAGAUACCUCAAUAAAAUGGCGCGGGUCUGCUGUGAUGCAUAACGGCCAAUCCGCGACCUUCACUGCGUUGAACGCCUCGUCCCAGAAAGAUUUACUCCGACGAGCGUUACGAGGUACUUCUGUGACGAGCGUCGAGGCCCACGGCACGGGUACGAGGCUAGGCGACCCCAUCGAGGUAUCCGCGUUAUCUUUAUUGGAUAGGGUAUGUGUAUCAGGUGCCAAGGCCUGUUUGGGCCACGGCGAGCCGAACGCCGGCGCUGCUGGCUUGUUAAGUGCGAUGCUCUCCUUAUCAAGUAUAAAGCCGAACGGCGCGUUGCGACGGCUGAAUCCCGUCGUCAGAGUCGGGACGAUCGCCCUGCCGACGGAGGCCACUCUAUCUGAGAAAGGUUGUGUCGGCGUGUCGAGCUUCGGCUACUCGGGCAUCAUCGCCCACGCCGUGUUAAGUGGUAAGCUGGAAUUGUCUGAACCUCGAAAGCGCUUCGCGGACGACCGGCCUCUGGCGAACGUGCCGCCUCACCAUCGUAAUUCCUAUACGAGCGCCCUCGACGCGGCCUUACAUGAGAGCCCUUCACUAAGAGAUGUGACGUUCCACAAAAACGGUAAGGGUCCUUUCUCCGUGGUGGUCGACGGCGAUCUGAUAACUGUACGUGAUGCAUCCGACAUACUCUUAACGGCGACGCGGUGUACGGAUGAAGUUGAACAAUUCCGCCCGCCGCCUCCAGCAACGUUGGGGGAGGUCUCUGAUUUCUACACUGAACUCAAAGAGGCGACGGCCGCGCCGUCGAACGUCGUCGGCUCUGAAGUGAUAGCGCGGGCGUGGGUCUCAUCAAGGGGUGGAAUAGGAGCGUGUUCUAGCAAAGACGCCUUCGAGGCGUGCCGCCAGCUCGCGUGUCUGGUAAGGCGGCGCGAGGACGUCGGUGGGAGGCGCUGGUGGGAGCCGGCGUCCUGCGACCUCGUCGUCUCCUCCAGUGGAAGCGGGCCGGCCUGGGCCUCCGUGCGGACGACGGCGCGGCGCGCCGAUAUUGGUGUGUGCGACGCGUCCGUCUCCGAUGUGCUCGAGCUGCGCGGUUUGUGUUCUGUUCCCGUCGAGACGGGACCGUCUUCUCUCCAAGACGUUAAGCUCUACGCGCUGCGCUCUCAUGCGAUACAAACUAUGGAAGGGGACGACGCCGUCAGCAUUAUAAAGGAUCUGCCUCGCUCACUCCCCGCGAAUCGUACCGGCCGCCCGCGCUACACUACGGCAAGUGUCCGCACUUCGUCACCAGAGGUCGCGCUCGCGCUGGCUUCUACAGAAGACGCCUGGGCGCGGCUAAGUGAUGAAAGAGGCCCGCCCCUCGCCGUGGCCUGCGUGGCCUUGACCGGCAAGAGUGCUUUACUAGCAGGUGCCCACGACCCGAGGGACCUCGCCCUGGCCUGCGCGAAAUGUACAAACGUCCGCGCCGCGUCUCUAUGUGAAACGGAGACGGCGGCGCGCGCUCCAUCAACGUUCGCCGUCUACGUCUCCAAGCACGCGCCGGUCUCACUCAGAGACGCUGCACUGAAAGCGGGCGGUUCGGUGUGGGACGAAAGCCCCAUACCAAACGCUGAUGUGGUCUUUGUACGAGGCGCGUGGGUCCGCGUUGUGAGUCGUUCGUCAAAAGCUUUUGCGCAGUGUGCAGCUUUGUCACAACAAACGCGCGGCGCCGACGUCGCUUGUAUAUUGUGGCGCGGGCCGUCCAUCGGCGCCGAAGCGGUCGUGCGCCUCGCGCUGCGUUGCAGUGUGCCGCGAUGUGUAGCGCUGGCGACGCCGGCGCUCGUCGUGCCGACGAAGGCUCCAACAACCGUGAAGAAGGCGACAUCGGCGACGUCGACGCGCGAGGCCGUGUCAAGAGCGGCGCGCGACGCCCUUGGUGUCGACGAUAUUGACGAGACGGCGUCUCUAUCGGAUCUGGGCAUGGACUCCUUGGCCGGCGCGGAAUUCGUCGCGGACCUGUCUCGAAGACUAGGGAGGGCCGUCGCGCCCUCGCUGUUGAUCGAGUGCGAUACCGUCGAUUCUAUUGUAAGUGCUCUCGGGGAGGACGACGUAGUGGAAGAGCGAGUGGAGGAGGUCGUAGAAGACACUGGAAGAAGAUUAGCUUGCGCGCCUUCAUCAAAAGACCAGGAGCUGCUGCUGUGGAUGCUGCGGCGGGCGCGGACGCGCUCCAUCAAACCGGGCUACGCCUGGCUGCCACCGACGGCCGUCGGCCUGCUCGAGGGGUCUUUGAAUGUCGCGGCGCUGGAGUGGGCCCUUUCCCAGGUCGUCGACGCGCACGACGCGCUACAGUCUCGCUUGGUGGAAGUCCCGGGGGCCAACAAGGCGCUCGUCGUGUUUGGGGUUGACGAAAAGCCAAAACUCAUGAUCAAAACGGCUACGACGGUGGACGAGGCCAAGAGCAUGGCGCAGGCGUUCCACGACGCUACAAGCAACGACCCCUACGAGUCAACAUCAUUGUUGCGCGCUUUAUUAAUCUCCACACCUUCACAUGAACAUGUGUUAUAUCUAAGCUGCAACCACGCUAUUACAGACGGCUGGUCGCACCAGGUCUUGUAUGGGGAGCUGGUACGAGCCUACAACGCGCGGCUACAAGGUUCCGAAGCGCCGUUCGGCCACGAGGAGCGGCCCUAUGCGGCGUGGUUAUCUGAUCAAUCUAAUUAUGUGAAUGACGGGCGGAGAAGGCGCUACGCACGGUGCGCGCGCUUGCCGGCCUGGCCCCAACUUUCUACGACUGACGUCCUGUUCGAGACAGGUUCUCUGUUACGUAACGCCAUCGCCAAAGUCCUACCGAAGGAAAUUUUAGAUAAUGUAAAGCGCCACCUUUCGCGUUCCAUGUCGCUGCCGUCCGUCGUGCUGGCGGCCUACGCUCAUGCCCUCGGCCGCGCGUCGCGCGGCGAGGCGUCGGUCGUGCAGUACUCGCACCCCGGCCGCACGAAAGCUGAUCGGCGCACCUACGGCCAGCUCGCCACCGACGCCAACGUGCUGCUCGAUGAUUUAUCUCCACAGCCGACGGUCGGCGCCUUUUCGGAGUCGGUGCACCGCGCGGUCCUCGAGGCUUUGGCGCACCCGACGCCCUACGCCGACGAUUACGUGGCCUGCACGAAUGGUCGAGAGGCGCCGCUACCGGCCCAGUACAACUGGUACGACCGCUACGGGGACGUGCCCCAGUGGUCCGGCAUCCGGCGCGCGACCGAACUAUCGCUGGACUCGUCUUCUUUGUCUCAAAAGACGUUCAAUAUCGGCGCCGUGUACCUCAUGGCCCUCGUGCAGGGCGACGGGGCGCUCAAACUCGUGUGCUACUUCAACGAUAGCUUGUACGCUCGGCCGACGAUCCUCGACGCGCUCGGCGACGUGUCCUCGUUCCUGGCGCGCUUCGCCGAGGACCCGUCUCUUUCGUUGCCGCCGCUCUCCGCGGGCGAGAGCAAUGGGGCCGGGGCGCGGGAAUAG